CAAACACACAACAUCGUUGUAUGAAAUACGAAGUCACAUCUUAAGAAAACUCUUGAACACAUAGAGAGAGAGCUUCAUAUGAUCUUUGUUUCUUUGUCUCUUCAUAUAUUGUUCGAUUAAUUGGCAUGGCACGUCUUGUGUUCUUGCUCGCAUUUGCUUUAGCUCUUUUGGCUGCUUCACUCACAUCUGCUGCUAUUGUGGAGCAUACUUUUCAAGUGCAAAAUUUGAAUAUCCAGCGGUUGUGCCAUCAACAAGUCAUCACUGCUGUAAAUGGAGUUUUUCCUGGCCCCACCAUACUGGCAAACGAGGGUGAUUCCCUCGUCGUUCAUGUCGUCAAUAAGUCCCCGUACAACCUUACCAUUCAUUGGCAUGGGAUUUUUCAAUUAUUGAGUGGUUGGGCAGAUGGACCUGAAUAUGCAACUCAGUGUCCUAUUCGUCCGGGAAAUAACUUCACUUAUAGAUUUAACAUCACCGGGCAAGAAGGGACCCUCUGGUGGCAUGCACAUUCCCAAUGGAUCCGUGCAACUGUUCAUGGCGCGUUAAUCAUCCGUCCAAGAACUGGUCAUUCAUAUCCAUUCCCAACACCCUACCGAGAAAUCCCAAUUCUCUUUGGAGAGUGGUGGAAUGCUAAUAUUAUUGAUGUCGAGAACCAAGCAUUGGCAAGUGGUGGUGCACCUAAUAGUUCCGAUGCUUUCACUAUCAAUGGCCAGCCGGGUGAUCUGUAUUCAUGCUCUUCAAAUAACACAUAUAAGUUGCAAGUGGCACGAGGGAAAACUUAUCUCCUACGUAUCAUCAAUGCUGCAAUGAAUAAUCAAUUUUUUUUCAAGAUAGCCAAUCACAGCAUGACAGUCGUUGCCAUUGACGCCACUUACACUACUCCAAUGGUUACCGACUUCAUUGUUAUUGCUCCAGGCCAAACCACUGACAUAUUGUUGAAAACCGACCAGCCACCAGCUUCUUAUUAUAUGGCAGCGCAUACCUAUGUUAGUUCACAAGGUGUUCCUGACACUACCACCUCCACCACUGGGAUCAUUGUUUAUGAAAAUUCCACAUCAUCCACCCCACAAAUGCCAAUCCUACCAGCCUACAAUGACACACAAUCGGCUUAUAAGUUCUCUACCAAUUUGACUGCACUCGUAAAUGCGCCUCAUUGGGUCCCAGUCCCACUCAACGUUGAUGAACACAUGUUCGUGACAAUAAGCUUGGGUUUAGUACCAUGCGAAGUAAAUAACACUUGUGCAGGUCCACUUUCGCAGCGUUUAGCUGCGAGCAUGAACAAUGCAUCCUUUCAAUUCCCCACCAACUUGUCUAUGUUGCAAGCUUUCUUCAACAAUGUUGAUGGGAUCUACACCACUGAUUUCCCUGACCAACCACCAUUGGUGUUUAACUACACUGACACAAACAACAACUUCAACACGACAAUCAUAAUGACAUCAAAGUCAACCAAAGCGAAGAAACUUAAGUUCAAUUCAACUGUUGAGAUUGUAUUGCAAAACACAGCCUCCUUGGGUUUUGAGAACCAUCCUAUGCACUUGCAUGGAUUCAACUUUCAUGUGUUGGCUCAAGGGUUUGGCAAUUAUGACCCAGUAAACGAUCCCAAAAAUUUCAAUCUUGUUAAUCCACAAGCACGUAACACCAUCGGAGUGCCAACCGGCGGGUGGGCUGCCCUCAGAUUUCAGGCGAACAAUCCUGGUGUAUGGUUGAUGCAUUGUCACAUGGAUGUGCACUUGCCUUGGGGAUUAUCGAUGGCUUUUGUGGUUGAGAACGGGCCAACAUCGUCAACUAGCUUGCCUCCGCCUCCUGCAGAUCUACCCCAAUGUUAGGAAUUGUUCUACAUUAUUGUUGGUUGCUAACAUUUUUCCCCUAUUGCUUUCAUUUUGAUUUUACUUUUAUGUUUCUUUUCAUUACAACAACCCUGUAAUAAUGGUGGAAAGAAUUUGACCUUCAAUUGUAAUAAGGCCAUUUUGGUAUAAUUUAUAAGAUGAUUUUUGUGAUUAUAAUUUUUA